AUGGCAUUGUCUGAAUUCACCUUCCAAUAUGUGGCUCAGAAGUCGGUCAAAGGUCAGGCAUUGGCCAAUUUCCUGGCUCAUCACCCGGCCCAAGGGCAAGAGGAAGAGUUGGAGGUCGAGAUCGGCAUGGCUCGCAUGGAAAAGAAUUACUGGACCAUGUACUUCGACGGCUCCAGUACCGAGGUUAGGUCUGGGGCCAGAGUCGUGAUCGAGUCCCCUCAAGGGCAAAGGUGGCAAUUUUCGUUCCAGCUUGAUUUUAAAUGCACCAAUAAUCAGGCCGAAUACGAAGCAUUCAUCAUCGGCCUAGAAAUUCUGAAAGAAAUGAAAGCGACCCGUGUCUUGGUCUACGGCGAUUCUCAGCUGGUAAUUAACCAACUGACCAGGGAAUACCAGUGCACGAGCAAGAAUUUGACUAUGUAUUACGUAACGGCCCUCAAUAUGGCCGAUGAUUUCUCCAAGAUUUCCUUUGUCCACGUACCACGCACCGAAAACCAUGAGGCCAAUGAGAUGGCCCAGGUGGCGUCAGGUGUGAAUAUCCCAGACAAUGAUCACGAUCGUGUGAUAAGAAUCGAGAGGCGCACCUUGCCGGCUUUGGCCGAAAGGGGAAUGGCAACACAAGUGUCGUCAGCCGAGAUCACUAACGAAGUCAACACGGCCGAGGCCGAUUGGCGCUACCCUUCGUCUCGGCCCUAG